AUGCAGUUGCUGCACUUGGCCAACUUUGUGCUGUACAAUUUGCUACAAUCGCGCAUCACGUUCAUUGUCAUCUUUCACUGCUGGCAAAGGAAUGAAACUUUACAAUUCGCUCAACAAAUCUACAAUUCGCCGCAACUCAUCUAUCAUCAAUUUGUGCACUUGAACGACUGGAAUUGGGAGCAUUUGGAACAGCGCUAUUUGGAUCAUCAGCAGCCCACUUUAGCUAUCUAUGUGGAUCUGCAGUGUGUGCGUAGUGAAGCGCUUUUAAAGGAGGCUAGUCACUCGCAGCUCUACAAUCAGCACUAUCAUUGGGUUCUACACGACAGCUUAUCUGGCUUUGGCUUCUACAAAUUCUUUGCACCCUUCAAUCUAUCUGUAGAUGCAAAUGUGGACUACGUGAAGCAGCAGUUACUUGAUAAUGGAGACACCAACUACGCGGUCUAUGAUGUCUAUAGCAAUGGCAAUCACAUUGGUGGAAAACUCAACAUGACUGGCAACUACGAAGUGAACUGCAAUGUAACAAAGUGCACAUUGAAGUGUUAUUUGAGCACCUUGCAUCUGCGCUCCAAAUAUGGCCACAGAGAGCAGCUUCGGGAUGUGGUAUUGCGUGUGGCCACUGUGGUGACUCAACGACCCAUCACCUGGUCGCCAGAGUGUUUGAUACGUUACCUCAGCCAGGAUAACAACACGCACAUCGAUGCCAUAGCCCGGUUUGGCUUUCAUAUCAAUCUGGUGCUUAAGGAUAUUCUGCAGUGCGGCAUGAACUACACUUUUACGGAUCGCUGGAGUUAUAGUGAUAUCAAUGGCGGCUCUGUGGGCGCUGUGGUUGAUCAGACUGCGGACAUUGCCUCGGCUCCUUGUUUGGCCACCGAGGGUCGCCUGAAGCGUAUGUCGGCUAUCAUUGAGACGGGUUACUUUCGCUCCGUUUGUAUCUUUCGCACACCCCACAACGCUGGCAUACGUGGCGAUGUCUUUCUGCAGCCCUUUAGUGCCAUUGUCUGGUAUCUGUUUGGUGCUCUCUUAUUGCUAAUUGCCCUACUGCUUUAUUUGGUAUUUUAUGUGGAAUACAAACGUAUGCCGCGUCGCCGCCAUCUCAACUAUAUGCCCUCGUUGCUGACCACUAUCCUGAUCAGUUUGGGUGCAGCUUGCAGUCAAAGUUCUGCUUUAAUACCGCGCUCCACUGGCGGACGUUUAGCCUACUUUGCGCUGUUCCUUAUCAGCUUCAUCAUGUAUAACUAUUAUACGUCUGUUGUGGUUUCUUCGCUUUUAAAUUCGCCCGUCAAAUCGGACAUCAAGACAAUGCAACAGCUGGCAGAAAGCUCCCUGGAGGUGGGCCUGGAACCGCUCUCGUUUACGAAAAGUUAUCUUAAUUACUCUUUACGUCCUGAAAUACAUCUGUUCAGUAAGCUCAAAAUUGAGACACAAACGAAUAAUCCGGAACUCUGGAUAACCGCCGAGAAGGGCGUACUACGCGUAAGAGAUCGACCCGGCUAUGUGUAUGUACUGGAAGCCAGCUCUGGCUAUGCCUAUGUGGAGCAUUAUUAUACGCAGCAGGAGAUCUGUGACCUCAAUGAGAUACUCUUUCGUCCCGAACUCUUGAUUUACACACAUCUGCAUCGCAACUCGAGUUAUAAGGAGCUCAUACGCCUCAAAUUAUUGCGCGUUCUGGAGUCGGGAGUUUAUCGCAAGCAUCGCAACAUUUGGGCACGCAUGAAGUUGCAUUGUUAUGCCCAGAACUUUGUCAUUACCGUGGGCAUGGAGUAUGUGGCGCCGCUGUUCUUUAUGCUCAUCUGUGGCUACGUACUGGUGUUACUAUUGUUGCUGCUGGAACUCGCCUGGGAGCGCUAUGUGCAGCGUGCACGUUAAACACUUUGCACCCACUUUUUAUGUGUCUUCUUGCACCUUGAAGCAGCUCGACUGCACGUCAUGGCUUUAAGCUAUUAUGCAAAAAUGGAAUCAAAAUAAAAGCACUUUGCGUUAACUUUUUCCGCUGUGAAA